AUGACGGGCGUUGUUGUCCCAGCUCCAACGGGGCUCAACUGGGCCGUGGGGCAUGACGGGAGCCACAGUCUCCCUCUCCCCGUUCCGAGCCGGCUCAUGCCCCCAGCCCGCCCUCGGCCCCGGCCGUCCUGCCGCGGUCUCUCCUCCGCCCGGCUCUGGCUGUACUGGCAGUGGCGCUGCUGGGCGGGGAUCAGUGCCUGGUGCGGCAUCGCCUCCCUUUGGCUCCGCCUGUCCCGGCCCCGGCCCCGGCCCCGGCCCCGGCCCCGGCCCCGGCCCCGGCCCCGGCCCCGGCCCCGGCCCCGGCUGCUCCGGGAACCCGCAGAGCGCACACAGGGCGCGGCCGCUCCCGCCGCCUCCGUUGGGGCUUCCCCGGCCCGAGCUCCGCCGCUCGGCAGCGCGGCCGCUGGCCCCGAGCCGCCGCUGUCGCGUUCCAAAGAGCGAACGCCAGGGGCUGCCCGGCCCGGGACGGCUGAGGGGCGCUCGGGGCCCGUGUCUGGCCCCGGGCCGAGCGCUGACAGCCGCGUCUCGCCGGCAGGGAAGGUGGAGCACGGCAUUAAGGAGCGCUACCAGCUCGGUUCGCUGCUGGGGCGCGGCGGCUUCGGCAGCGUCCGGGCGGCGACGCGGCUCUCGGACGGCGCCCCGGUGGCCAUCAAAAGGGUGCCACGGAACCGCGUCCGACACUGGGGUGAGCUGCCCGACGGCACCAGCGCACCAAUGGAGAUCGUGCUCCUGGACAAGGUGUCCACUGGCUUCCCUGGUGUUGUCCAGCUGCUGGAGUGGCUUGAGCUCCCCAGCGAGAUCCUGAUGGUGCUGGAGCGCCCGGAGCGGUGUCAGGACCUCCGUCAUUUCAUUCGGGCACGGGGGUUCCUGUCCGAGGAGGUGGCGCGGCAGCUGUUCGGCCAGGUGCUGGAGGCCGUGCAGCACUGCACCAGCUGCGGAGUCCUGCACAGGGAUGUCAAACCGGAGAACAUCCUCGUUGACCUGGCCAGCGGGCAGGCAAAACUGAUUGAUUUUGGCUGUGGCACCUACCUGCAGGACACAGCCUACACUCACUUUGCAGGAACACGGUCCUACAGCCCCCCGGAAUGGACCCGCUUUGGCUGGUACUAUGGCAAGCCAGCUACCAUCUGGUCCCUGGGCAUCCUGCUGCACCAGAUGGUCUGUGGGAAGCACCCUUUCAGGAGGGGCCGGAACAUCAGCUGGAACCAUCAGCUCUCACUGCCACAACGGCUCUCUCAAGACUGCCAAGAUCUGAUCAAAAGGUGUUUAUCCAUGCUCGACAUAGAAAGGCCCUCAUUAGAAGACCUGCUUUGUGACCCUUGGAUGCAGCAAAUUCACGAAGUGUUCCAGGUGGGGUCCAGUGUGGAUCAGGAGGUGCUUGGGACCAGCUGCGGUGUGGACGGGCCGUGCGCUUGGAGAAGGCUGAGGACAUCGUUUGGGACCAGCUUUUCUGCCAGCAGCGAUGGCAUGAGGUACCUGGGCCCUUCCAGGGGCGGCUGCCCCAUACAGGAAGCUGGAGAGAUGCUGGGAAAGGGGGCUGGAUCCAUAUUGCAGAGGAAGAUGAAGGUGGCUCAGUGUGUGCUCAGUGUGGCCCUGCUCUUCUCCAUCCUGCUGUGCCCCCUGACACAGGCCAAGAUGGAUUUAGACAAUGUUGUGAUCCUGAAGACGCCGCUGGCCAAGUCCCACAAGGCCCAGUCCACAUCAAACCUUUGUUACCCUUUCCAGGCACUUCUGCAAGGGAUGGAAAAUGAUCUCUGGGAGGUCUUCUCACGGACCCUCUUCUUUUCUCCUGCCUCCCACUCCAGCCCAGCAGCCCUCAGUGCAUCUCUAAUAAGUCCUUUUAGUCCCCAGCCCUGUAUGGCUGAAAAGCUGCUCCUGGACACCUACUCACAGAGUUGUGAAAAAAAUCCCCCGGCCACUGGCUUCCAAGAAAAGAAGGAGUGUGAAAGCAACGUGACUGACACUUUUCAGUCUCUGUGUUCAUUCUACACCCGUGGGUACAAAGACAUCAUGGAAACCCUGGCACAGAGAGACCCUUCAGUCCAUGGUGACAGCAUGAGAUCCUAA